AGAUUCUCAAAGAGCUGCGCUGGGCUGAUUUUCCGCCACUCUGUCUGCCAUAGAAAGGUUGUCUCCUGACACAACUAACUCGAAUCAUGGGGAGCAGUAAGAGCAAACCCAAAGACUCCGGUCAGGGGAGACGCAGCCUGGAAUCCACAGAGAAUAUCCAUGGGGGCUGUUCUGGAUCACAGACUCCCAUCAAGACCACUGUCCCGGAUGGCCACCGAACUCCCAUCCGUUUACAUGGCAGCACCACUCCAGAAACAAAGCUCUUUGGGGGCUUGAAUACAUCUAGUAUGGUCACCUCUCCUCAGCGCUGUGGGGCCCUAGCUGGUGGAGUCACCACAUUUGUGGCCCUCUAUGAUUAUGAGUCCCGGACAGAGUCAGAUCUUUCAUUCAAGAAAGGGGAACGCCUCCAGAUCCUCAAUAACACGGAAGGCGAUUGGUGGCUGGCUCAUUCCCUCACCACUGGUCAGAAAGGCUACAUCCCCAGUAACUAUGUCGCACCCUCAGACUCCAUCCAGGCUGAAGAGUGGUAUUUCGGCAAGAUCACCCGCCGAGAGUCUGAACGGCUACUACUCAAUCCUGAGAAUCCCCGAGGGACCUUCCUGGCCAGGGAGAGCGAGACAACAAAAGGUGCCUACUGCCUCUCCGUCUCUGAUUUCGACAACGCCAAGGGCCUCAAUGUCAAACACUACAAGAUCCGCAAGCUGGACAACGGUGGCUUUUACAUCACCUCCCGCACGCAGUUCAGCAGCCUGCAGCAGCUGGUAGCCUAUUAUUCCAAGCAUGCAGAUGGCCUGUGCCACCGUCUCACCAGCGUCUGUCCAACCAGCAAACCUCAGACACAAGGCCUAGCAAAAGAUGCAUGGGAAAUCCCCCGGGAGUCGCUGCGGUUAGAGGUGAAGCUCGGGCAAGGCUGCUUCGGAGAAGUGUGGAUGGGCACCUGGAACGGCACCACUCGGGUGGCUAUCAAGACGCUGAAGCCCGGGACAAUGUCUCCUGAAGCGUUUCUGCAAGAGGCUCAGGUCAUGAAGAAACUCCGCCAUGAGAAGCUAGUGCAGCUGUACGCUGUGGUUUCCGAGGAGCCCAUCUACAUUGUGACGGAAUACAUGUGCAAAGGGAGCCUCCUGGAUUUCUUGAAAGGGGAGAUGGGCAAGUAUCUGAGGUUGCCCCAGCUGGUGGACAUGGCAGCUCAGAUUGCAUCUGGCAUGGCGUAUGUGGAGAGGAUGAACUACGUUCACCGAGAUCUGCGAGCUGCCAACAUCCUUGUGGGUGAAAACCUGGUGUGCAAAGUAGCUGACUUUGGACUGGCUCGACUGAUUGAGGACAACGAAUACACAGCUAGGCAAGGUGCUAAAUUCCCCAUUAAGUGGACAGCCCCAGAAGCAGCUCUCUACGGCCGGUUCACCAUCAAGUCCGAUGUGUGGUCCUUCGGGAUAUUGCUGACUGAACUGGCCACAAAGGGCCGUGUGCCAUAUCCAGGUAUGGUGAACCGAGAAGUGCUUGACCAAGUGGAGCGCGGCUAUCGAAUGCCCUGCCCUCCAGAAUGCCCAGAGUCCUUGCAUGACCUGAUGUGCCAGUGCUGGAGAAAGGAUCCUGAGGAAAGGCCCACCUUUGAAUACCUACAGGCUUUCUUGGAGGACUAUUUCACAUCCACAGAGCCUCAGUAUCAGCCAGGCGAGAACUUGUAGAUCUAGGAGUGGAAUCUGGUGCCAAAGACUUUGCACUGCUCCUCGGGCAUAUGUGUUUAGGGAGAGACUUUGAGACAACAU